UGGUAUGAAGAUGGCGGCGUACAGUUACUCUCAGCUGCUGCCGCUGCUGUUAUGGUCCGUGUGUUUCUGCGGUUUCGGCUCCGUCCUCGGCUUGAAGGCUGCCAGCGGCCCGGCGGAGCCGCCCAACCCGCCCGUCCUGAGAGCCGCGGAUCCGCCGGCCAAGGAUGCACCUGCCGCUGCCGCCGCUGGGGCCUCUCAGCCUCGAAGGGCGACCGGCUGGAAGCUGUCGGAGGAGGAGGCCUGCCGGGAGGACCUGUCCCGCCUCUGCCCCAAACACACCUGGACCAACAACCUGGCCGUGCUGGAGUGCCUGCAGGACCGCAGAGAGGAAUCUGAGAUUGCUCCAGACUGUAACCAUCUCCUGUGGAACUACAAACUCAAUCUGACCACAGAUCCAAAGUUUGAGUCGGUGGCGAUGGAGGUCUGCAAGAGCACCAUCGCUGAGAUAAAGGAGUGUAACGAGGAGGAAAGAGGGAGGGGCUACCUGGUGUCCUGCCUGGUGGAUCACCGUGGCAACAUCAGCGAGUACCAGUGCAACCAGUACAUCACCAAGAUGACCAGCAUCAUCUUCAGCGACUACAGACUGAUCUGCGGCUUCAUGGACAAAUGUAAAGAAGACAUCAACAGCCUGCGCUGUGGCAGCAUCAACGUGGGACACAAGGAUGUCCACUCCCAGGGCGAAGUGAUCGCCUGUCUGGAAAAGGCGUUGGUGAGGGAGGCGGAGCAGCAGGAUCAUGUCCGUCCAAUCAAGGAGGAGUGUCAGAGGGCGAUCCUGCGGGUGGCGGAGCUAUCUUCAGAUGACUUUCACCUCGACCGACAUCUUUACUUCUCCUGCCGAGACGACCGGGAGAGGUUCUGUCAGAACACUCAGGCAGGAGAGGGAAAAGUCUACAAGUGUCUCUUCAAUCACAAGUUCGAGGAGGCCAUGUCAGAAAAGUGCCGUGAUGCUCUGACCACCCGUCAGAAGCUGAUCUCUCAGGACUACAGAGUCAGUUACUCUCUGGCCAAAGCCUGUAAGAUGGACCUGAGGAAGCAGCGCUGCAGCCUGGACACCAACCUGCCGCGGGCCCGAGAGGCCCGGCUGUCGUACCUGCUGCUGUGUCUGGAGGCUGCUGUGCACCGCGGUCGUCCAGUCAGCGGCGAGUGUCAGGGAGAGAUGCUGGACUACAGGCGGAUGCUGAUGGAGGAUUUCUCUCUGAGUCCAGAGAUCGUGCUGCACUGCAGGACAGAGAUCGAGGCUCACUGCUCCGGCCUGCACCGCAAAGGCCGCACGCUGCACUGCCUGAUGAGGAUCGGACGCGGAGAUCGCAGCACCACUGUCGACAGCGUCUGCCAGAGUGCCCUGCAGACGUUGAUCCAGUCUGCCGACCCUGGAGCCGACUACAGGAUCGACCGAGCGCUCAAUGAGGCCUGCGAGUCCGUCAUCCAGACUGCCUGCAAACACAUCCGCAGCGGAGACCCAAUGAUCCUGUCAUGCCUGAUGGAGCACCUGUACACGGAGAAGAUGGUGGAGGACUGUGAGCACCGGUUGUUGGAGCUGCAGUAUUUCAUAUCCAGAGACUGGAAACUGGACCCCAUCCUGUAUAAGAAGUGUCAGGGUGACGCUGCUCGACUCUGCCACACGCACGGCUGGAACGAAACCAGCGAGCUGAUGCCGCCGGGCGCCGUCUUCUCCUGCCUCUACCGCCACGCCUACCGCACCGAGGAGCAGGGACGCCGGUUAUCUCGGGACUGUAAGGUGGAGGUUCAGAGGAUUCUCCACCAGAGGGCGCUGGAUGUGAAGUUGGACCCUGAGCUGCAGAAACGAUGCAUGACUGAUCUCGGGAAGUGGUGCAGCGAGAAGACGGACACUGGACAGGAGCUGGAGUGUCUGCAGGAUCAUUUGGAGGACCUGGUGCCGGCCUGCAGGGAGGUCGUGGGGAACCUGACUGAGCUGGAGUCAGAGGACAUUCAGAUUGACGCUCUGCUCAUCAGAGCCUGUGAGCCGGUCACUCAGGCCCACUGCCAUGAUGUCGCUGAUAACCAGAUCGACACAGGUGACCUGAUGGAGUGUUUGGUUCAGAAUAAACACCAGAAGGAGAUGAACGACAAGUGUUCAGUCGGAGUCACACACUUCCAGCUGGUUCAAAUGAAGGAUUUCCGGUUCUCCUACAAGUUCAAGAUGGCCUGUAAGGAGGACGUUCUCCGUUUGUGUCCAAACAUCAAGAAAAAGGUGGAUGUGGUCAUCUGUCUCAGCACCACGGUGAGGAACGACACGCUGCAGGAGGCCAGGGAGCAGCGGGUUUCCCUGAAAUGUCGUAAACAGCUGCGGGUGGAGGAGCUGGAGAUGUCGGAGGAUAUUCGGUUGGAGCCAGAGUUGUACGAUCCCUGUAAGUCAGACAUCAGUCGUUUGUGUCCCAACGUGGCCUUCGGAAACGCUCAGAUGAUCGAGUGUCUGAAGGAGCAGAAGAAGCAGCUCAGUCAGCGCUGCCACCAGCGGAUCUUCAGGCUGCAAGAGGUGGAGAUGACCGACCCCGAGCUGGACUACCAGCUGAUGAGAGUCUGCAAGCAGAUGAUCAAGCGUUUCUGUACUGAUGCGGACGCCAGAAACGUCCUUCAGUGUCUGAAACAGAACAAGAACAGCGAGCUGAUGGAUCCUAAGUGCAAACAGAUGAUCACCAAGAGACAGAUCACACAGAACACAGACUACAGGUUGAACCCGGUGUUGAGAAAAGCCUGUCGUGCCGACAUCCCAAAGUUCUGCCAGCCAAUCCUGAACAAGGCGAGCGAGGACAGUGAGCUGGAGGGCCAGGUCAUCGCCUGCCUCAAACUCAAAUACGCCGACCAGAGGUUGUCUCCAGACUGUGAGGACCAGAUCAGAGUGAUUCUCCAGGAGUCAGCACUCGACUACAGACUGGACCCACAGCUGCAGAUGCACUGCACAGAUGAGAUCUCCAGGUUGUGUGCGGAGGAGGCAGCAGCUCAGGAGCAGACAGGACAAGUGGAGGAGUGUCUGAAAGUCAACUUGCUGAAAAUCAAACAGGAGGCCUGUAAAAAGGAAGUCCUCAACAUGCUGAAGGAGAGUAAAGCAGACAUCUUCGUAGACCCGGUCCUUCACACAGCCUGCGCUCUGGACCUCAAACACCACUGUGCCGCCAUCACACCUGGCAGAGGACGGCAGAUGUCGUGUCUAAUGGAGGCGUUACAGGACAAGAGAGUUCGUCUGCAGCCGGAGUGUAAGAAAAGACUUCAAGACCGCAUCGACAUGUGGAGCUAUGCUGCAAAGGUGGCGCCAGCAGAGGGCUUCUCAGACCUGGCCGUGCAGGUGAUGACAUCACCCUCCAAGAACUACAUCCUGCUCAUGAUCGCACUGAGCGUGUGCGUCCUCUUCCUCGUGGGGCUGCUGUGCGGUCGGAUCACCAAGCGAGUGACGAGAGAACUGAAGGACCGGUAGAAGACGAGAGCUCUGACGAAAGACUGACUCCUCGCACCUUCUUCCUCCCCCUCCCCCUCCCCCUCCUCCUCUUCUUCCUCUUCCCCUCUCAGAUGCCCGGUCUGUAACCAGCCAAACUGCACAGUGCCAACGCCAGUGUCCACAUCUGGAACUCGUCUGUUUAUUGGCUGCUGCUGAAUAUUUGCAUCAAAUGCAAAACGGCCCCCCGAUUCUCACAAAAUCUCCAUUUGGGCAUCUCCAAACCAGUCGUCUGAUUGGAGCGUUUCUUUCCUUGAUGAUCAUAUUCCUCCUUCCCCAACAAAUCUGCUUCUGCCGAGGAUGUUUUCUGGGGUCGGAUGUGGGGUCGUCCGGCAUCCUUUAAGUUUCUAAAUAAGCGCUGUUCAUGAUGUGACUGAGGGCUGCUUAGGAUUGCUUUCCACUCGUUGAGUCCUGAUGCUUUUUUGUGAUAUUUAACAGAGACUGGAGCAUGUAGAGCAACAGGAGAUUGUUUCUUUCUAUAUGACUGCAGCUGCCUGAAUCGCACACGGAGCAACAAAACUUUGAAUUCUUUGAGAUGUUCUUGUUGCUUUGAAACAUUUUUUCUCAUCAAAUCAUGAAGUCCUCUCCACUAAAGGAUCACGUCCAGCUCGCCGGAUAUACAUCAAGUUAUAGCUUCUCCUGGAUAUUUUCACCAUGACCUGCGUAGCCCCCUGUUCUCUGUUGCCUUUAAUGAACACGGUCUGACACAUAACACACAGAGCGGCUUUGUUUUCUGCAUUUAAUGACUAAACAAGCUGCCUGUGUGCAAACACGAGCAGUUGGGAGGAAGUGAUUGUUAAUGUGGAUAUAUAGCAUUUACACAGCUCUGCGUACAAAACUUUUUUUCCCCCAAAUGUUUGAUAAUUUAUGCACCAAUGUCAUGCCAGAGGUCAGACUGCCCUGUUGAACCUGCCCUGAGCUGCUAACACAUUGACAUGAUGUGAGGUUUACUCCGCAGGCCUACGUUUGUUUGUUUCUGCCGACAUUUAAAGUGCAUUCACACUCCUGCAUGUACACAAACAGUGCAUAAACUUAAGACGUGAGACAAAACACCGUCUUAAAUUGGUACAUACAAGUCAGAGGUAAUCAUGUAAGAUUUUAAAAUGCCAUUUUUCACAGAAAGGAGUCACAGGAUAAUCUUUUUUCUUUUUAAAAUAGGUGGGAUUAAAUGGUUUAUCUUAAAAUAAAGACUGGAGGGAGGGGAGGGGAAACAGGCAGCCUGGCUCGGUCCAAAGUUGGGAAAACAUGUACCGUUAAACUUCAAUUAAUAGCCUGGGCUAUUAUUUGCUUAAAUCACUGAACUCAACAGGCCUAUGUUUGGGACAGGCCUUUAAUUCCUUUCACCUACAACCAGUCAGAGCAAUGAAACGUGAAGUAGCGCUGAGCAACAUACAAAUGUAAACAGACUACAGCGUGUCGAGAUGUGGUGGUGUAGCAUCAAUAUGUCUGUGAACGAGUGUUGCUGACUUUGCCAUCACAAUUUUAACAUAGUAUUUCAACAGGAAGUUAAACAUCAGCUUCAGCCAUCUUUGAAAAUGCCUCAAUAGCGCUUCUCUUACUCAGCUAGGUGUACGCUCACCUUGUGUCACUAGGGAGAGCAAGCCAAAUAACGUCAUCACAUAUUUUUGGCUCUGCCAGUUGUCAGUCAUCAAAUCAAACAUGACCAAUAUUAGAUAAAUGGUUGUGAUUGGUCAGGUCCUUUGGAAAUCUGUCUUAAUGGGAGGGGGACCAGACGCACCAGAACAAAUAAAACAUGAGCUCACAGACUCGCCUGAUUCCCAGACUACCUGUGUGCAGCAGUCAGGGUGAAUUAGGGUGACUGGUCUGUGUGUUUAGAUCAAAGUUAGGCUACAUUUGAUUGAAUGUCCGAUUCAGAUGUGACGUAUCGCCUGAAGCUUCAACUGACAAAUUUUCACUUUCAUGAUAAACAUUUACUGUACAUGACGCAUAUGAGCAAAAAUAUUUGUAACAGGGCGACAUCACAUUUAGAAAAAUACAUUUGUAGUGUGCCAUCAUGAUCUAAAUGCUGUAAUAUUACUUAUUAUUAAUAGUAAAGAAAAAACAAGACACAAAGGAUGUUUGGUUUCAUGCUGACGUUACAACAAUGAAUUAGUUUUGAAAACCCAGACGGAAAAUCCCCCGCACAGUAUUUUACAGACUGUUGAGCCACAAACUAAUUUUUUUUUUUUUUUUGCAGGUAAAUGACUUUAAUUGUAACUAAAGAGAUGCAAACAUUAUUUUGCUUUUUUUUUUUUAUUUUUUUUUUAUUUUUCAAUUGAUGGAUAUUUAAUUUUGCACUUUAACAUGGUGUACAUCAGUGACAUCACUGGACAAUGAGCCUCGUUCAUCUCAUUCAUUUGUAAAAAUAUUUCCGAACAAUAACCUUACCUUUCUGUUUGCAGCUUUUGGUUGAAUAUUAAUAUUUGUGAAUGAUUUAAAAACAGUGUCACACAGAUGAGUAGUUUGUGCAGCGUAUACACAAUAUUUCUGAUCAUUUACAAAAGUUAACGAAGCUGAAGUUGCAGAUUAUUUGAGUGUGAACAAAGAGACGUCCUCUACCUGAAAGCCGACGGAUCAAUCAGAUAGAAACCAACAGCUGGCUGCUUUGAGCUUUUCUAAACCAUCUUUAUGUUCCUGUUGGUGUCUGCUGACGUCAGACGUUGAAUCAGAGCGACUCGACAGGAAGUAAAGAUGGCUGUCAUCAUAACCAGUUUUGUCUCUGCGUGAACAAACUUUAUCGGUGUGCAGUUUUUUAUUUGUUUUUACAUUAUGCCAUGUAAUAUGAAGCCGUAACAGAUUUCUCAUUGUGAGGUUUGAUUUUGCUGUACAGAUAAAAAUUUGUCAAUUUAAUAAACCUGUCUGCAGAUUUUCAUAUCUUUGGCUCCACCUGAGACUUUUUAAAUGUUCAUGUCAUCUUUACUUAUGUGAUACAGAAGCAUGAAAACAGAUUGAUGCCCUUUCUAGAGGACCAAAGGUGAUUAUAAACUAAUGACAACAUGCUUACAAAUAUUCAAUUUCUGCCAAUAGAUGCUCCUAAAUCCUACACACUGGACCUUUAAGAC